CCUGCUGCCGCAGGCCAUCCCCGGGGCCGCGGGCCGUGCGCGCCCGCUGCGGCUGGACGGUGACCGAGCUCCGGCGGGCAGCGGCCUCCCAGUUCCCGGGCCCGGCCACCCCUGCGGAGAGGGGCACUAGUGGUGCGUUCCGGAGCGCGCACACCUUCGGCGACUCCCGGCUCCGGCGAGGCACGGGAGAGGGAGGAGGCUGGCGGAACGCGGGGCGCGCGCCCAAUAGGGAUGGCGCUCGGCGUCCCGGCUCGCGCUACGGAAAGCCGGAGGGGGGCGGGGCCGCGCGGCGUAAGGGGGUGUGUCCGCGCGCACCACGGGGGCGCGCGCCGGUCUCUGACUGGAGGCCGCCGAGCUGAGGCGCGAGCUGCCCGAUAAUGGCGGCCUGCAGAGCCCGUGAGAGGGAGAAGCGGCGGCGGCUACCCUGAGAAACUUUGACCUUGAAGAUGGUGAGUAGCCAGCCAAAGUACGAUCUAAUACGGGAGGUAGGCCGAGGCAGUUACGGUGUUGUAUAUGAAGCAGUCAUCAGAAAGACCUCUGCACGGGUGGCAGUGAAGAAAAUUCGAUGCCAUGCACCUGAAAAUGUUGAACUAGCCCUGCGUGAGUUUUGGGCACUAAGCAGUAUCAAGAGCCAACAUCCAAAUGUGAUUCACUUGGAGGAAUGCAUCCUGCAAAAAGAUGGGAUGGUGCAAAAAAUGUCCCACGGCUCUAAUUCUUCCCUUUAUUUACAGCUUGUAGAGACUUCAUUAAAAGGAGAAAUUGCCUUUGAUCCCAGAAGCGCCUAUUACUUGUGGUUUGUGAUGGAUUUUUGUGACGGCGGAGAUAUGAAUGAAUAUCUGUUGUCCAGGAAACCCAAUCGUAAAACUAACACCAGCUUUAUGCUUCAGCUGAGCAGUGCUCUGGCUUUCUUGCAUAAAAACCAGAUCAUACACCGAGAUCUUAAGCCUGAUAACAUCCUGAUUUCACAAAGCAGGUUGGAUACCAGUGACUUGGAACCCACACUGAAAGUGGCUGAUUUUGGUCUCAGUAAAGUUUGUUCAGCCUCUGGGCAGAAUCCAGAAGAACCUGUCAGUGUAAACAAGUGUUUUCUUUCCACAGCCUGUGGAACAGAUUUCUACAUGGCUCCUGAAGUCUGGGAGGGACAUUACACAGCAAAAGCUGACAUCUUUGCUCUGGGUAUUAUCAUCUGGGCAAUGCUGGAAAGGAUCACAUUCAUAGACACAGAGACAAAGAAGGAACUCUUGGGGAGUUACGUAAAACAAGGAACUGAGAUUGUGCCUGUUGGAGAGGCGCUUCUGGAAAAUCCCAAAAUGGAACUUCUCAUUCCUGUGAAGAAGAAGUCUAUGAAUGGGCGAAUGAAACAACUGAUUAAGGAAAUGCUGGCUGCAAACCCUCAGGAUCGUCCAGAUGCUUUUGAACUAGAACUCAGAUUAGUACAAAUUGCAUUUAAAGAUAGCAGCUGGGAAACGUGACACAUAUAUUGUUUGCAAAUAUCUUGGAUGAUAUGCUGCUUAUGUUUUAACAGUGAUGCAACAACAUAACGUGGCUGAAAAAGAAUAUAAAAAGCUAAGCUCCACCUUCUAAGGAUUUAGAUUUUAUUGUGGGGUGUUUUUUUUCCUCGUUUUUCUUAAGUCCAAGCUGGCCAUUUUGUUAGUAUGUUUUAAAUGUGUAUUACCAAUGUGGGUGUACAUUUUUUAAAAUGAUCAUUGGUAGAAGUUUGACAGGAAAAUUCUCUAAGAGCCAAGAAGAGAAGAAAGUCCAGUUUUCUGGAAGUAAGUCUCUUAAGUAUUUUAGACAUUCCUUGUCAGUAUUAGGAAUUUCCAUGGAAGAAGAGGUUUGCAUGCUGGCAAUGCAACCUUUGAAGCUUUGUAAAGGAAACAUAUAUGUAUAUAUUUAUGUAUAUGUAAGUAUGUGAAUGUGUGCAUUUUGCAUUCCAUGUGAAGAAAAUGCCACUUCUGUUUAAAUUAUUUGAUGUAGGUUUGGGUUUUUGAGAUUUGCUGGUGAAAUCAGUGAUGAAAAAUAAAAGAACCUUCCCUCAUCUUCCUACCCUGUCCCUCCCUCUAAUGAAAUCAUUCUACACUUUUUAUUUUUGUAACAUUAUACAGCUUUUUUUAAGGCAUCAUUUUUGGAGGGUCUAAAAUUACCCGAUUAAACAUAAACAAAAUUAAGUGAUCCAAAGCUGCUGAAGUAUGUUUGAGCUCUCCAGUGCCCUAUAGCUGCAGGAGUUGAAUUAGCCAUGCAAUCACGUGGUAGCAGGCUGGCAAGGACCUUGAUGAUUCAGUCAUACCUUUAGGUAACCAAGCGUUCAAUUAACCAAUUAAACCAUUGCACUGGAACAUGUCUGCACUUGACCAUCUGCAAUCUGAUAUAAAUCUGAACACAGGAUUCCUCUGUUUCUGAAAACUUUGCAAUAUAUGAACUAUCCUACUAGAUAUAUUAAGUUUUGAUUUCAAGACUGUCUAAGCCUUAGCAUAAAGUUGAAAUCAAAUGAGCUCUACCCUCGCAUUGCCUACCCUGAUACGGUCUCUUGUUUAAUCACUGGAAUUCCUUUCAUUUUGGCACUAAUGCUGUUUUCUCUUGCCUAAUUUAACACAGUAAUGAUAGUGAUAUGGUUGUGUUAAAUGUUGAUCACCUUUUUCUAAAGUGGGAGAUGAUACCUAUACAGUGUGGCAAAUGGAUGAAAUAUCGUGGCAUCAACUAUGUCUUUCAAGUAGAAACUUUGAAGUUAUCGAUUGUAUACAAUCACUUGGUAUGGUCUAUGUCAAAAACCAAUAGACUGUUACUCUAAUUGAAGUUAGUUUGAUUUUUAACCCUAUAUGGUUGUCUCCAGUUUGUUUUCCUAUAAAUGCAAAUAAUUAAAAUCUAAGGAAAGUUUUGCUAAAACAGAAUAUUAGCCCUUAAGGUUAGAUAGACUUUGAGACCAUUGUAUCUAGGUUAGUCUUUAUAAAGCACUAGAAUUUUUGGUCAAAGUAAAAAAAAAAAAAGUAUUAGAAUACUGAAAUCGUUAAUAGUUUGCAUAGUCUCAGCUCUUUUUUACUGAGGUUUUCUUUUUUUUGGGUUUUUUUUUUUUUUUUUAACUAAAGCGUAAUUGACACCCAGUGUGUCUCCUCGGCUUUUUUGAACUUCCAUAACUUUCGGAAUUUUGCUAUCAUAAUUUUUUCCUUACUUAAAAUGUGUUUGGGAACUUGAGAAGGUGAAAAAGCACAAAAAAUUAGAGUAUGUGAAAUUUCUGAACUACGCGUUACUUGGUGUGGAAGUUUAAAACUUGGACUGAAAGGUUUUAUUGAGAUAAAACCUUUUAUUUUUUUUUUUAAAUAAAACCUUUUAAAAUAAAAAAAAUUCUAUACUUUGAACAUCACUUUUGAGCUAAUAAAUGCGAGGAAAUUUUUGGAAAUGAGAGGUGGAAAUACACUGGAACCUCAUGAUAAUUGACCCUCUGGAUCACCAAAUUACUGUAACACAAAUCUGGCCAAGGGGAUUGAGUUAGUAUUAUAAUGUUGCAGCAGUAACAUGGCACUUCAGCAGAGAUUCAUGAUGAUUCAGGUGAUGGUAUGCCAGUGCCUCGUUUGCGCUUCAAAUAUCUAUGUGCUUGGAGCCAUGGUUUCCGAAGUACAGAGUUUUUGGUCUUGCCUCAUUUAAAAUAGGUAGCGAUUAUCAUUUAUUUUGAAAGAUUUCACCUGUGAAGUGAAUUCUUUCUUUCAUUGGCAGCAAAGGUAUGAGGUGAUCAGGAAGUUUCUCCUGGAAUUUUCUCAAGUCCUUGUAUUCUAAAAUAGUCAAUGAUACCAAGCAAUGAUAGUAAAUUCUUUGUCUUUGUUUUUUCAAUCAGGAGGUGAUUUAUUCAGUACCUACUGUGAGCUCAGCACUAAAGGUCAGUUGGUAAAAUGACAGUUUAAAAAUGGCAUAUAGCCACAGACCUUUUCCAGCCAGGCGUAAGAAAUAAAAGAAGGUUGAUGAUACUUGGAAAUUCCUGGAUAUUUGCUAGAGGAAAAAUGAAAAGCAAAAAUUUGUGCACAGUGCCUUGCCCAUAAUAGGUACUCAAUAAACAAUUAUUCCUCAGAGUCUCUUGCCAUGGUUUAUAGUGUUUUAUGAAAUUUGUCUUAAUUGAAAAAAAGACCAAAUAUUUCAAAUAAGCUUAUAGGCAGCUGUGGCCAGUUAAAAUAGGGGUUGUACAGUUAGUUCCUAGAAUGUUAUUUUGCACUAGUUGUCAUUUAGAAAGACGGGGUUCCUGUAGAUUUUUGGUGCUAAGGGAUACUUUGUCAUUACGAUGAAGUAAGUGUUAAGUGUCAGAUAAAUAGCACACUGAAUAGUUCUUUCUGCUGGUCUGUUUUUCCUCUUUGUUGUUGUUGUUGUUUUUAAUUGUAAAAUGUUUAUCAAUCAAACUAUUGUAGCAGCUACAAAAUAAUUCACCAGCAUGACAAAAUGGUCAAAAGAUAAGUCAUCAGCACUUCAAAAAUGAAAGCAACUUUUGAGAUUUUCUUUUAAAAUUGUCAAAUAUAUUUUAUGAAGAAUUUAUAAAAGGGGGAAAUGAUUGUAAUUUAUUGUUCAUGACUGUUUUUUUUUUAAAUAAAGUGAGUUUCAACAAAACCCACCCUGAAAAUUUUAUAUUGUUGAUUUGGUGGCUCUGUCUACUUCUGUAGUGUUUUACUUCAUGAACAUAAAAUAGAGGAUAUAAAAUUGGAAACAAUGUCAUUUUCAGCCUUAUCUAUUAAGUGAAACUUUCUGUAAUAGAAGCUAUUACUGAGGAAAAGAUUAUUGAAUUAUAGGAAUUUCAGCAUUUCAA